AUGCCAGAGGGAAAUCAGAGCGCCGUGACUGAAUUUAUCCUUACUGGAUUCCCUGGACUUUAUCCAGAGUACCAAGGCCUUGUCUCAGCAAUAUUGUUCUUCGUUUAUGUCUUUACUUUGACAGGUAAUGUUACAAUUAUUUAUUUAUUUGCAACCAACCGAAGUCUCCAUAAGCCAAUGUAUUAUAUAAUUCUAAAUCUGAGUACAUGUGACAUCCUUUUUAGCACAACCACUUUACCUAAGAUCAUCAGUAAGUAUUGGUUUCAAUCAGGGACCAUUUCAUUCACUGCUUGUUUUGUCCAAAUGUACUUUGUUCACUAUCUUGGCACAGUGAAUUCCUUAAUUCUCUUGCUGAUGGCUUUAGAUAGGUAUUUGGCGAUCUGCCAUCCUCUCAGAUAUCCCAUUGUUUUUAAAAACUCCACGAUCAAAAUUCUCAGUAUUACAGCAUGGGUUAUGUCCCAGCCAAACAAUUUAAUGAUCACUAUUAGGGCAUACCCUCUCCCAUACUGUGCCUCAAACAUAAUCAACCACUGCUUCUGUGAUCAUAUUGGUAUAACAACCCUGGCAUGCACUGACAGAGCCCCUUAUGGUUUUCCUGCUUUUGUGUUUGCAAUGGUUUACUUACUGGGACCUCUGGCAUUCAUACUGUUCUCAUAUUGCUCUAUAAUUAUAGCAGUACUUAAGAUUGCGAACAUACAAGGUCGCAAAAAAGCUCUGUCCACUUGCAGUACUCAGCUGAUUAUAAUCUCCCUCUAUUAUUUACCCAGAUGUUUUGUGUAUUUAGCCAGCAAUGUUGGCAUUAGAUUUCGUGCUGAUAUGCGAAUAGUAAUAAUCAUGCUGUACAGCCUUUUCCCCCCCUAUGAUUAA